AAGAAAAUAUUAUGUUACUGGCUGAAGGGGGGAAGUAAAAAGCUGCAGGACGGAGUUGUUUGGACGUUGUGGACGUGUGGGUAUCUGAUAUUGCGCCUCCGAUUUGAAUGCCAUCUAGUUAACACAAACCAGCAGGUGCCAUGAACAGACAGAUUUUUCAGAUAUGUGGUCAAAUCACAUUAACCCUUCUGCUGACGACUGUCCCAGUUGUUCUGACCGGGAAGGUUCUUGUCUUUCCUGUGGAUGGCAGUCACUGGGUCAACAUGAACAUCUUGAUUGAAGCACUUCAUGCCAAAGGUCACAAUAUUACAGUCAUUCGGAUGGUAGACAGCUGGUACAUCAAAGAAUUCUCUCCUCACUACACAUCAGUCACUCUGAAUUCCCCUGGAGGAUUUGAUGAACAAUUCAUUGAAACAUUUGCAUCCAGACUUAUGGAGAUUCUGAGGGAAGGUUCCACCUGGGCUCGUCUGAAGCUGGAGAUAGAGAUGUGGGAAAAUAUUGCAAAGAUGUUUAAAACAGAAAGUGAGCUGAUAGUCAGCAUGUUUGAAGACCAGCAGCUAAUGCAGUCCUUAAAAGAUGCCAAAUAUGAUUUGAUUCUUACAGAUCCAGUCAAGUUUGGAGGCAUUCUGUUGAGUCAUUAUCUCAAACUGCCCAUUGUCUACAAUGUCCGUUGGACUAUUUACAGUGAGGGUCAUUUUGCAAUAGCUCCUUCUCCACUUUCAUAUGUACCUUUACCAAUGAUGGAGUUAUCAGACCGCAUGAGUUUCUUGGAAAGAGUGAAGAAUGUUUUGAUGUCCAUCAUAACUGAAACACAAGUUGCUUUUAUGAUUGCUCCAAAUUAUAAUGCACUUUGUGAACGCUUUGUUGGUCCUGGAGUAUCUUUCUUUACCUUAGUUCAGAGUGCUGAUCUGUGGCUCCAUAGAGCUGAUUUUACUUUUGAAUUCCCACGUCCCACUAUGCCAAAUAUCGUCUACAUGGGAGGUUUUCAGUGCAAGCCAUCAAAGCCUCUUCCACAAGAUCUGGAGGACUUUGUGCAGAGCUCUGGAGAGCAUGGUGUCAUCAUCAUGUCUCUGGGCACUCUCAUUAGUCAGCUUCCUGAUGAUGUGGCAGAGGCAAUUGCUGAAGCUUUUGCAGAACUUCCACAGAAGAUCAUCUGGAGGUACAAAGGAAAGAGACCAUCUGCACUAGGGAACAACACCUUAAUGAUGGACUGGAUGCCUCAGAAUGAUCUUCUGGGUCAUCCUAAAACCAGAGCCUUUGUGGCACAUGGAGGAACCAAUGGAAUUCAAGAAGCCAUCUACCACGGGGUGCCAAUCAUUGGAUUUGGGCUGAUUUUUGACCAGCCUGAUAAUCUUGCAAAGAUGAGAGUAAAGGGUGUAGCCAAGACUGUAGACUUUGCCACAGUGGAUAAGGACUCCUUCCUUAAAACUGUCAAAGAGGUCCUUUAUGAGCCCUCUUAUCGGGAGAACAUGCAGAGGCUCUCAAGGCUUCACAAGGACGUCCCAGUGAAGCCUCUGGACAACGCCAUCUUCUGGAUUGAGUUUGUUAUGAGGCACAAAGGUGCCGCUCACUUGCGCACAGAGUCGUACAAAAUGCCCUGGUACUCUUAUCACUCUGUUGAUGUCAUGCUGUUCCUGCUUUCUGCUGUGUCACUCAUAAUCAUGACUAUAUAUGCAGUUAUCAGAUAUUUCUGCUGCAGAAUAUGCAUGAGAAAAACAAAAAACAAAAGAGAAUGAUUUUUAAUUAAAUUGACAAAAUGUGUGUUUUUUAUUUAGGAUUAAAAUCUCUGUAGCUGUAUCUGUUUCUGUUAGACUAUAUUCAAACCUGUUUUUAAUAAAUAAAUUUAUGAUCUCUUUAUGAACUUUUUGAAGCGUCAAAGUAGUAGUCGCGUAGCUGUCUAUGGGGGGACAGAAACCUCUCAGAUUUCAUUACAGUGCCAAAAGUAAAAGUCUUCAUUUGUGUUCAAAAGAUGAACGAAAGUCUUAGGGGUAGGGCUGUGACGAUAACCACAUUACCGCAAUAUCACAGUAAUGAGAUGCCUACCGCAGUGUUGAAGCCAUCACCGUCAACACUGCACGUUUCUAUGGUAACCAAGGGCUCCUGCACUCACCAGCUUUAUGCGGCUGCAGCUUGUUUGUGUAACAGCGAAAGGAAUGAUUUGUUGAACAUCUGCGAAUAUUUUAAAGUAUGCAAAAUAGUGACUGGGCUUAAACAUAUCAUUUUAUUAAAACUGCUGCUCUGCUGUGCCAAGAGACAUUUCGAAAAAUUCCACUGGUUACUUUUGCAUUUGCCACAUAGACCUGAUAACGGUAGGCUAUCCUAACUAUCGUAAUUUAUUCCAUUGUUUCUCUUGUGGUCCGUACAUAUAGUGAAAAAAAUGAGAAUAAUAGUUUUUCGUGUUAAACAGGUUGUUUUUUAAAGUCGGUGCUUGAAGUAAAGCUGCUCUUAAUUUCCAUUGAUGACUGCACUGAAUAUUAUAGACUGUUAAUAAUUUUAAUUAUAGGCCUAUAGAGAAUACGAUUCUGACGUCACGCCGCGUUAACUUCUUUGUUUAUACGCCAUCUUGACAGGAUCGCGCAGCCUUUCCGUCAUUGAGUUUAGUUCAGUAAUUUGUUUUCUGUCAUGAUUGUGAAAAAUGUCACCAUUGUAUGUCAUUAAUGCUGCAUCGAUAAUGGUGAUAGUAACUCUGAUAAUCGUUCUGAGAGAGAACUGGACAAUGAGCAACGUUUUUUGCCUUUUCUACGUGUAAAAACAGCAAGGGAAGCAGGUGGAGGAGAUGACGAGAAGACGCCGGAUGGCAAAUCUUUUAGUAAUGGCACUGAUUAAACCCACUGCAUAUCACUCAAUAAAAGAAUCACAUUGCUGAGUGUUUUUUGAAAUUUUUGGUUUAAUAAUUAACAUUACCUUUUGCGAGUCUGACUCUCACUCCGCUCGUGAAUUAGUAGAACUUGAAUGGGAACAUUCAAAUGCUUUUAAGAAUGAAGAAACGCUUAAUGCACCGAGACAAACACAAGAUUCUGUAUCUGUUAAAGCAUACUGUGUGGAGAACGCGCUGCGUUCGAAAUUCAGGACUCGUCUGCACAUCUUUUAAUAUAAUGUCAUCAUAAUACACUAAGCCAGCGUUUUUAAAAGGUGCCCUUGCAAGGACUCACUACUAAACUGUUGACAAGCUCCUAGGGUUUUGAUUUUGUUUGUCAUCUGUUGAAAUAAAUAUAAAAAUACAGUGUGUUCGUGUCCGUCUGUCCGCUGACUGACCCAUAAUCUCUGAUUCUCUGGGAUCGUGGAAAGGAAUAUUUACAAUGACAACAGUUGUAGGCCUUGUAUGCUCGUUUAAGCAUCAUUUAAACGUUUCCAACAAAUAAAUGAAUCGAUUUUUCUCAGUGUGUUGAACACAUACUUUUAUUUGGAUAUUCAUAUGAUGGCUGAA